ACAGAAGACUCGUAUUAAAAAAACCAAGAACAAAAACAGCCGGAGGUGAAUAUUCGUGAUGACAAACUAGUUUCUGUAUAACACCCUGAUCGAGACUGGAAAACGAGCACAGAAAUCAAUGAGUCCAAGGUCCGUGUCUGUGUCCUUUUACUCAAUAAGGUGUGUCUGACUGGAACUGAGGUGACGUCACUGACAUACCUGAGUUACCCGUAGAAGGGGCGGACUGACUGAAGUAAAGUUAGAGGGGAAAAAAAACAAUAACAGUGAAACUGCCUUUUAAAAUAGGAACUUAGAUCGAGUAGAAAUACUUAGGAUCAACUGGCGAUUUGUUUUGUUAUUGCUGGAAAAGUGAGGAAGAAGAGAAAAUUCUGCAGGGAUUCAGAGGUCUGAAUUCGGCCCACUUUUCGAUACGAGGAAACAGCUUUCAGCUCGCUUGUGACGGCAGGUCAUGGCAGCACACCCCCGGCGUGUCCGGUUGAAGCCGUGGCUGGUGUCCCAAGUGGACAGCGGGAAAUACCCGGGCCUGGUGUGGCUGGACAGGGAGGCCAAACGCUUUCAGAUCCCCUGGAAACAUGCCACGCGCCACUCGCCCCAGCACGAGGAGGAGAACACCAUCUUCAAGGCGUGGGCUGUGGAGACGGGGAAGUUCCAGGAGGGGGUCGACGAGCCCGACCCCGCCAAGUGGAAAGCCCAGCUGCGCUGCGCCCUCAACAAGAGUCGCGAGUUCAACCUUAUCUAUGACGGCACCAAGGAGGUGCCCAUGAACCCGCUCAAGAUCUACGACGUGUGUGACAUCCCCCAGCCCCUCAGCAACCCAGGGUCGACAGGCUCCGUUCCCUGGGAGGAGAAUGAUGGUGAGCCUGAGGAAGACGAGGAGGAAUCUCUGGAGCCCAUUCCUUAUCUCCAGAUGAACGGAUCCGUCUCCCCUAUCCAGCCCCCCAGCUGCCCUCCUCCUGCUCCUGAGGUGUGGCCCAAGGAGGAGCCCACUGACUUCGAGAUGCGUGCCUCUCCGCUCCCUGAAACCAUGUUCACUUCGCCAGAAAUGUGGAUCAGCUCCUUGCCCAUGACAGAUCUGGAGGUUCAGUUCCAGUACCGCGGUAAGGAGGUUUGUCCACCUAUGACGGUCAGUAACCCCCAAGGCUGCCGGUUGUUCUAUGGUGACCUCGGCCCCAUGGUGAACCAGGAGGAGCUGUUUGGGCCAAUCAGCCUGGAGCAAGUGCGUUUCCCCUCCACCGAGAACAUCACCAACGAGAAGCAGCGGCUCUUCACCAACCGCCUGCUGGACGUCAUGGACCGCGGCCUCAUCCUGGAGGUCAGCGGACACGACAUCUACGCCGUGCGGCUGUGCCAGUGCAAGGUCUACUGGUCGGGACCUUGCGCCAGCAGCCCCACCACGCCCAACCUCAUCGAGAGGCAGAGGAAGGUUAAACUGUUCUGCUUGGAGACUUUCCUCAGCGGCGUGAUCGCCCAUCAGAAGGGCCAGGCAGACCGGCCCCCACAGUUUGAGAUCCACCUGUGUUUCGGGGAGGAAUGGCCAGAUGGCAGGCCUCGGGAGAGGAAGCUCAUUAUGGUGCAGGUGAUUCCUGUGGUGGCCAGGAUGAUCUACGAGAUGUUCUCGGGGGACUUCACCCGCUCUUUCGACAGCGGCAGCGUGCGUCUGCAGAUCUCCACCCCCGACAUCAAGGACAACAUCGUGACGCACCUGAAGCAGCUGUACCGUCUCCUGCAGACGCACCAGGGCCACGAAGCCUGGCUCCUCCAGCCCGGCGGCAGUCUGCACCUCCCCCAAGCACUACAGGCACAGUAACCUGCGGGCGGACCCCCGGUCGUGUAGGUCACCUCCUUCCAACACAAAGAGACGGACCUGCUAGCGUGCAGCCGUUCGGACGGCCCGGCUGCGCUGGCCGACAGCUUUCCUGGAGCCACGCACUGCUUGGGAAGAUUCCUGUGCUCCGGACUGCUGUCUCUGUCCACAAACAGAGCCCACAUUAGGAACUCGGGCUUCUGACUGCCCGCGGACUGACAGACCGUUACACAGACAGUUUCCAUGAGACGUUGGACUUCCGAUAUUUAGAAGGAUCCGUUUUUCAAGAAACAUUUAAAUUGAUUCUUUUAAAAGCUGGUUCAGGAGAGUUUCUCGUUCCCAAUGUGAAACCCAAAAGGGACUGGUGUUGAACAUUUAGCCAUCUUCAUGACACGACAUCUAAGAUGGGGGGGGUCUUCUUGCUUUAGCUUUUAAAAAAUGUGCUUAACUUGUAAGAUGUAGCUUUGUGUGCAGCUUUCCCCCUGAGCAAGGGGAAUAGUCAGCUUCUUUUCACUCGCUAGGCAAGGGUAAGUCAAGAUAGAGCAAGUUUAACCUAAUUCUCCUCCUUAGAGUUUUUUUUAAACCGUCACCCAACCAAUGUUUAUGAUGUGAAUCUGCGGGAGGGGGAGCCUUCUGGUGGUUUUUAUUUACUGAUUUUAAUAACAUUUCCAUCCGCGUCAUAAAAAUGUUUCACAAUAACGCUGUCAAUUCUGUCAGUAGUUGCCAUUGUAGACAAAGACAAGGAUGUGAAAUGUUUUUCUCUGGGGAUUAAUCAUACUAUAGCAUGCUGCUGUGACCUUGACUCUGUCAGCCUGUUUCAUUCUUUCUUUUUUGUGGUAUGUGAUGUAAUAUAUAUGAGCAGACCUUUUUUUAAAGUUAAGAGAAACUCUUCAAUAAAAAUUUUAACUAGU